UCCACGCUACACUUUCCUCCCCUUGUCUCUCUUACUCACAUACUCUGACGCACUGCCCUAAACGCCCGGUAUUUCAGACAGGGCGCCACCGCCGAGGCCCGCCGUCGCGAACGGCUGCACUACCAACAAACCCAUUGAAGAAGCUAACCUAAAAGGAAGAUGUUAAGGACCUUACUUUUCUCUCUCUUCCUUCUCCUUCUCUCUCCUCUACUUCCACAUCCAACUCCAACUCGAGCGAAUGCCCAAAAACACGACCUAGUCCACAGAUCCUGCCUCCACGCCACCUACCCUGCAAUCUGCGUCCGGACCCUCUCCUCCCACGGCGGCGCAGCCGCCACCCUCCGCGAACUGGCCCAGUUGGCCGUCAAGGUCAGCCUCGCUCGCGUCCGCAAGGCCUCGGACUUCCUCUCCCAUAAAAAGGGCAGCGGCCGGAGGGAACAGGGAGCACUCAGCGACUGCGUGGAGCAAAUGGGCGACUCCGUGGAGGAGCUGAGCAAGACGCUAGCGGCACUGCAACACCUCCGCCAUGACGCCGACUUCAGGUGGCAGAUGAGCAAUGCGGAGACGUGGGUCAGCGCCGCCUUGUCCAACGAGGACACCUGCCUCGACGGAUUCAAGGAGAUGGACGGCGAAAUCCGAUCGGACGUACAUCGGAAGAUCAUGAACGUAGCUCGUGUUACCAGCAACGCGCUUUAUCUGAUAAACCUUCUUGACGAUUAAUCUUAGUAGUAGUACUACGUAUGAUCUUUACAUUGAUCUCAAUUUCUGUCUAAGGUUUGUAUAUGCACGUAGUUGUCUGUCUGUGGGUGUAUUAAUUACUGCUGUAAGUGUAACUAUAUAUAGCCCUAAUACGUAUUUGUGUUCAGGAAAAGAAUCAAUGUAUUAGGAUAUUUGGUAUAUUAUUGAAGAGUAGGUUUAUCUC